AUAAUAAGUGUUAAUAAAAUAUAAAGAUAAUUUUAUUGUGAAUAUAAAACAAACAAUAUAAUAAUAGGUUCUUACUUAUAUAAAAUAUGUAUACAUUAAUUUAUAAUUUUAAUGAGACCAUAUCUUUACAUAGAAUUUUAUAAAAAAAUAUUAUCUUGUUAUUUUAUCAAUUUGUGUCAAAUUUUGAACCGACCCAAGUUAGGACCGGCAUAAUUUCUUAAUUUAUAGAAAUUAUUAACUUAUCGAGUAUUAAUUAUAGAGGUUCUAAUGUAUGUUGUCCUUAUAAUACAUGUUGUGAUCGGUAAAAAUACGAGGAAAACAGAGUAAAUGAAAAAGUGAAAAUGAGUGAAAAAAGACAAAUGGGAAGAGGAAAUAAAAAAAAAAGAUAAAAUCAGAGUAAAUAUAUUUCUCUAGAAAAUUUCGGAGUAAAAAUUCGAGAGUGUUUUCUAUUUUUAUACAGUAAAUGGCUGAAUUGGUAAAUGUUUUCUUUCACCUGAUUAGUAAAUUUGUAGCUAAAUUUGGAGUAAACUUAAUUUCAUAGUAAAUAUUUAAUCUAUCAAUACCAUAUAGUCAACGCCAAAAUCGGAAAAAAUUUCUGAUUUUUCAUUGUUUAUAAGGCUACAUAGUUCAAUUCCUUCCCUUUUUCAAUGAAGCAUAAAUAAGAGAAAUUAGACAAAUAAAGUUGAAAGAGAUAUCAAUUGAUGCGAUAUAAAUAACAAGGAAUUGCUACAUUCGUUCCAUCCAUUAUUCUGCAAUCUAAUAAAAAAAUUAUUUAAGGCAUCUCCAACCUAUAACACUAUUCCAUGUCAAAAUCAAACUAUUUUAGUGUGAUUUACACUAAAAAGAUAUUUUAUCUCUAUCCUAAUUUUAAAAUAUUAUUUUAGUGUAAUUUUUACAUUAAUCUCUCUAACUCAACACUAAAAAUUACACUAUUUUAAUGCAACACCGUAGUCUUACACCAAAUUUAGUGUUAAAUUAGUGUUGCACUAAACUAAUGUAAUUUUUAGUGUUGAUCAGUUGGAGAAAUUUAGUGUACAAAUUACACUAAAAUAUUGUUUUAGAGUUUGGUUAGAGAUGAUCUUAUUUUUAUCAAUGCAUAUGGUAAAAAUUUAAUUAUCAACAAAUAGAAAUAAAAAUUAUCUCAGUACAUACGUAUCUUAUUCCAAUUGUAUUCUUAUUGAAUCACAUCCAGAGCCUGUACGACAUAACAAGCAUUUCAUGUUUAUAAUUAUAAAAAUAAUUACAAAAUCUGGAUAUUAUCUGUUGAUUUAUAUAUAAAUAUAUAAUAUUAUCAUCAGUUAAUACUUAACAGAUAUCUCGACUUUUAAAUGGAAAUUUUGUUAUCAACCAUUUCAAUGUAAACUAUGUACAACGAAAAAGUGGUCCACUAUACUUAGAAUCCCUACGAAGAUCUGCAUGGAUUUCCUUAGACACCCCACCUUCACUUUCCUUUCCCUUUUAUUACCAAAUCAAAUUAUUGUUAUAAUCAUAUGUGCUAACAAAUUUCCACCUCCAUAUCUCAGUUUGUUUUUGUUGCUUGAAACUGGUUUUUAAUGAUUUACUCUCACCAGUUAAAGAAGUUCAAAUCAACUAAUGACUUUCACCAAUAUGUCGAUCACAUGCUCGGUGUACCGUGUACCAUGAAACUCAUAGCAUUUUUCAUUUUUUCUGUUGUAUCUUGAUCAAAAUCUGUUUUUUUUUUCUCAAAUAAAAAUGUGAACUGUAUGGAUAGAAAUUCAUAGAAAAUUAAACAAGGAAAAUUCUUAAAUCAUUGGAGAAUAGAACGCGAAAACCCAGGGUUCUGUGUUGAGUUGAUUGCUUUUACUACAAAUAUUGCUUUUAACAAUCGGGGUAUCCUAAACGCAACUCCAACGUAGUUGGAUGUAAACUAUUGUAAAUAUAUAAUCCCCUAUAUAAUAAAUGACUUUGAUGACAGUAUCAAAUAAAUGGUCGUCAAUGCUUAUAACUUAUAACAGUGUUCAAGCUUUGUAUACGAAUAUUGUAGUUUUAUGAAAAUAAUUGAGGUUAAUACAAGAAAGAAUAUAAAAAACACACGAAUGUUUGAAAUAAUUGUUUUCAAAAUAAAUCGUAAAUAGCUGACCAAAAACGUAAAUACAGUAAUAUGAAUUUUGAUAAAACACAUAAAAUUUUAACAUAUAACUGAAAACGUAUAGGGUACGUACCACUCCCGAUCACUCUGAAUAUUUAACUCUCUGUUUAGUUACAUUUCGCUAUCCAAACAUAAAAAUUUGUGUACCCAAAAUUGUUUAAGAAAAGAGAAUAUGCGUAUGCCUUUGUCAUGAGUUCUGCCAAACGUAUAACGUUUUGGUACGUGAGUUGAUACUUUCUUUUGCUUGUAUAAAUCGUCAAAUUUUGGCCGGCUGUGAAAAUUCGUUGUUGUAAUUAAUAUCGAAAUGUGGCGGGAUGACUUAUUUAGUUAAAAUCUUUUUUUUAUAGGGUGAAUUGGUGAAAAAAUGAAAAACAAAACUAAAAUUAAUUUGUUAGAAAGAAGAUAAAGAGAGAUAGGAAGAAAAAGGAAGAGAGAAGAAGAAAAUUUGGUUAUUUUAUGAUUUAUUAUUUAUAGGGUGCAAUUAUCUUUAUUUAUACUCUACAAUUCAGUUACUCUGCAAUUUUGUUUACUAACGGUCACUCUUUAGUGGAAGCCCCUUAAUCUAGUGGUUUGACCAAUGGUUUGUUAAUGAUUCUACACCAAGAAGUUUGGGUUUCAAUUCCUGGAAAAAGCAGAAUUAUGUGAAUUAAUGGAGAAACAACUUACAAGAAAUUUGCAGCAUGGCAGAAAAAGUACCGUCAAUGGUGGAUCCGAUAAGGCGGCUUAGGUGAUGCAGUCAGACGUGAAUUUUCAUAAGGCAGAAAGAAUUGUCGGCCGUAAAAUCGUCUGUAAUAUUUCUCCGAAUUUGUAAUAUCAGAAUAUAUCCAUCGUUAAAAAAACAGUAACUCUUUACCCACGUGACAGGUUUAAACAAUUUUUGUUCAGAAUAUACUCUUCAUGAUAAAAAAAAAAGGUAGGCUUCAUGAUGUUUCUGAUCUUAUCUACACUAAUUAACUUACAUAGUUCAUGAGAACACAAUUUUGCAUCUCUUUCCUAGUUUUUUAUUUUAAAAAAAUUAUUCAUUAAACAUGAUCUAAAAAACUAGUGCUCUGAUCUAUAAUAUGUAUUCAUUUGCAUGACAACAUCACUCAACUUAAUGAUGUUAUGUAGUUAACAUCACAAGUUUAAUUUUAUUAAUCUAAAAAGUGAUGUAAGCGUCAGAGAUCAAUUAAAUUCAGACCCAUCCGAGUGCAAUUUAAUUAAAAUUUGAUCCAAACCAUCCCGAUAAAGUAAAAUAAAAUUUGGCCACAAAUUUUAAAAAUUGGCCAGAAAGUUAAAUAUCGGAGACGUCGUCUCUCAGGUGCGCAGGAAAAAAAUUAAGAAGUUAGGAUUUCGAUUUAAAUCAGUGAGAGAGAAAGGAAGCUGGUGAAACCAUGUUGGGGUUAUUGAUCAAAAUUGAGAGAGAAAGAAGUUAAUCAAUAUUGGGGUCGAUUAACUCCGCUCUCUUCAUUUUGGUCAAUAAUCCCACAAUUUCAAAAACUUCCUCUCUCUCAGCGAUUUGAAUCGAAAUCCUUAUUUCUCUGAUUUUUUCCUUUCGUGAUGAGUCAACUUUUUGUUAAAUUAGGAUCGGGUUGGUCGGAUAUUAGUUGAUCAAACGGAUAACUAAACAGAAUUAAGGAAUCCACGUCAAUGUUUGGAUUAAUGAAAUUAAGCUUAUAAUGUUAAUUACAUAACAUCAUUAAGUUGAGGGACGUUGACAUGCAUAACAUAUGUUUUCUAUAGCUAUACAUUAGUUUAGACUGCAUGACUAGCCAUGUGAUGGUUAAUACUUCACGUACGCGGCAAUCAUUUUCCUAUAAUUAAACAAAAUAAAUCCAGACCACUAGGCAUGGGGGAGGUAGAUGACUAAGUACUCUCUCAUGGGGAUGGAUUCGAUGCUAAUUUUCUAUAAAAAUCAGAGUAAGAAGCCAAUUAGGCCCGUUUUUGGCUAUGUAAGACUAGUAUAUUUGGUCUGCAGUGACACUCUCUGCAAUCUUCAGAGAUAGAUUAUUCAUGUUCGACUAUAGAUAUACUGUACAGACCAGAUUUUUAGUCUGUGGAUAGUAUCUAAGAUUUGGUGAACCAAACCACAUGUUUCCGAAGUAUGGCAAGAAUCUAGUAAUCUAUCUUUAGCCAGCACGAAAGAGGAUUAGAAGAUGAUGUUAUCCAUGCGCAUUAAACACAUACAAUAGACCGCCGAAAGAGUCGUCCAUAACUCUGCCAUUUCUUGGUUUCUCACUGAAGAAUAGGAGAGACGACUAUUCAUUAAAACUUUACCUCUAUUAUCCCUAACAAUCCACGAAGCUUAUGCUGACCAAGAAGCUCCUAUAUUACAUUUCUGAAGCUGCAGAGGAGGCGCAAUCUAUGUUUCCCCAUUGGACUGACUCUCCUGUACAGACUGUGAUGACUAGAUUCAGGAAAGUUAGCCUCAUACCAGAUCUUUGUUUCUUCCUAAGCUUUUAACAAAAUAGAAGUUGGAUCCAAUCUGUCUUUUUCGAAAACAAGAGCAUUACGAGCCUUCCAUAUAUUCCAUAGGAUCCAAAGAAUGCUACGUUUGAGGUAUGUAGGAAAGUCUUUACUUUUGAUACACAACAGGAGAUGAUGAAUGUUUAGGAAAACAGAUUUUUGAGACAGAUCUUUGGACAGUUUAAUAACAUACAUCGCAUUGACCGGGGAGAGCUAAUGCAAUUAACUUUGACAAUAUCUCUUUGCCUCCUUGAGAGAGUGCCUUCAUAAACCAGCCUUGGAGUCGCCCCUGCAGUGUUCCCCGUAUGAAAUUCAACAAAUCCUUUUUAGAACCUUGGAAACAUUCAUGAAGACCUAAAAAUGUUCCAUCUCCACCUUCUUUAUUGAUUUCAAGGGUACAUUUAUCUCAUAUUUUGUUGUACCAUGAACUUUUGUGCCAAAAAUUAUCGAGGAUUUGGGCUUAUUAAUCACUUGGCCAAAUGCCUCACCAUACUGUCGCAGGCACUCGAUGAUCGUUUCAUUUUCAUUGGCUUCGGCUCUGCACAUCUACAUGUUUUCACUGAUAUCUUGUGUUUGUCAUUGAUUUAACUAUCCAAUUUUUAUGCAGAUUGAUCAUUUAGAUUAUCAUUUAGACAUCACUAGAUUCAUUUUCAUGUAUAUGUCCUUAUUAGGUGCUUGAGUAUCCUUUGGAGUUUUUGGAGGUAUUCGAAACACGUUUGAGAAAGAAGAGGCUUGAUUAAAGUUUUAGGCGAAAAAAGCUCAGUAACAGCUUUUCAUAGCGGGAUGGCAUGGCUGUUAUGAUAUUAACGGUCAUGGCAGGGGUAUCUGGUAGCGGGAUGGCAUGGCCGAUGUUGAUGUAUACAAGACACCAUCGCCUAAGUCCCACGAAGCCACAAGUGUCCUAGAGGGUUUUGGUAGAGAGUUGAGGUAGCCGCUAUGUUCAUAACAUAUUUUAUAGCAAAGAAGCAUAGUGGUUCAAUGAUGCCGCUAUGAAGAUGAAGAUUUGCUCAUGAAGACCAAGCAACCCAUCGAACUUACCAAGCGACCAAGAGAAGUUGUUGUAGAAGCAACAUUGUACGUAGGGGAGAACGUAGCGGUUUGGUGAUGCCGCUAGUGACAGGACAAGCGCAUCGACCAGACAUAGCGGGUUUGAGAGGCCACUAUCAAUUAAAAACUUGAGUUUUUAUUUGGCCUGACCUUGAAUUUUUGGGUGCACUCAGUUCGUUUUUAAGUGCCUAUAUAUACUCUUUUAGGCCAAAAACUCUAAUUAUUUUGUUUUCUCUUUAAGAAAUUCAUUUUUUGGUGAAAGCUUAAAUCUUUAUUAAUCUUAAUAUUUCUUUCAUGAGUAAUAUGAGUUUAUAUUAUCUUCUUGAUUUGUCUUGAAUCUAUCAUGGAUUUAAGCUUUAUCAUUAAGAUUAGUGAGCAAACUCUCUUUUAACUUAUGGGUUAAGGUGAUUUAGUGCUGAUUUAGAGCGUGUAAUGUUAGAUUCAUUUUUUUCUAUGCUUAUCUCUUGUUCUUAACAAUACAUAAAACUGAGUUAAGGUCACUGAUGUAGAAACUAAAAAAAGGAAUGCUGACUUGUAAAUUUGCAGGUUCCAAUUACGGGGUUACCUAAUUGGGUGGUCCUAACUAAUUCUUAAACAAGCACCGAUAAUCACUUGUCGUUUUGGUCGUCAUUCAUAAGAUUCUUUUUGUUUUUUUUUUCUGUAACAAUCGUCAUUUAUAAGAAAUUUUCUUAUAGAUCAUCGUUGAUAAAUUGUUUUCGCGACGCGAAGUUGUAGAAGGUAGGAAAAUGACAACUACACGUGUGCCUAGCACGGUUUUGCUGUCCGGUUACAGUGUCUUCAUGUUUUUCUUAUUAAUACAAAUAUACAAGUCAUUAAUUUGUAUUAAUAAAGAAUUAAACACAUGGUUUGUCCAAAAAAGAAGAAUUAAACAUAUGAUCAAGAAAGAGGAUAUGUAUGGAUAAAGAUUAGUCCUGGGAAGAGCAAAUAAUUUGAGGUCUAUUGAUAUCCAAUGCGGUUAAAUAAAGAAGUCAUUUAUAUUAUACUUCCAUAAUUGGCUUGGACAAAAAUAUUUAGCGAGAACUAAAAAUCAAGAUAAUGUAGUUAAAUUAUGAAACUAUGUGGAUAACGAUUUCAAAAGAAGAAACAUACCCUUUUAAAUAUUUAAUAGUGAAUUAAUGAACUAUGAAGCUUAAGUAUGUUUAUUAAAUAUUAUCCAUUUUCUAAACAACAGAAAAUAUCAUUUUGAAUGAAAGAACAUAAAAGUAAUUAAGGACAAAAUAUAAUUGCUUAAUGUCUAAUAAAAUGACAUAUAAGAAAUGAACAUUAUAGCCGGAAUACAAAAAUAUAGUGAUGAGAACCUAAUGGCAUUUGUUAAUUAGGUGUCAAUAAAAAUGACAUGUAAGAAUAAAAUGUGUGAUAAAAUUGUACUUAAAAUCUGUAUUUCACUUCCCACUGAACUCAUCUAUUGUGUAUCACUCCUAAUUGUACCCGUCUUUUUUUUAAUAUUAUAUUGCUUAAGAUAUUUCAAUUCACUAUAAAAUCACAAAUUAAUAAUAAUAGACGUUGACAAAGUAAUAAAUAAAAUAUCUGUAGCGACAACAAGUUAACAUGUCUGGCAAACGAAGCAAACAGAGCGAAAUCUUUAGGAUAUUCCAUGUCUUGCUUUUUAUUGUUUAUUACGGCAAAAUGAUUUAACCACGAAUCUACGAAGUUUCCCCUACAGUUUUUUUAUUAUGAAAUUAAAGAUAAUUUUCAUUAGUAUUAUUAUAAUUAACGACACUUUUCGAUAGCCGCGAGGAAGAAAAGUUUAUAAAUUAUUCAGACAGAAAGAAGAUCUUGUAGAUUCUUUAGAUGAUAACCUAAUUGUGACAGAAACAUCUAGUAGGGAUAUUAAUGAGAAAUAUUCUCUAAAAAGAACAUCCAUUUAUCCAAAAUAUAAAACAUUUGAUUGGUAAUACGGUAAGGAUAUGUUUUAACGAUUAUAAAUAUGUUAUAAUAUAACAAUAAAAAACAAGGCAUACUAUUAAUUUGUUGAAACAUGGGACUGAGUCAUGGUUAUUAUUAGUGACAAGCUGUAAAAUAUUCGUACAUGGUGAUCUAAGGCCAAUCUCCAAUCCCAAUGAUGAUAAUGCUAUAUGUCCACUGAUUCUUUUGUACUCUCUCCUGAUGUUUUUAAAAAAUUUAUUGUUUUAAUAUAUAAGAUGUUUUUUUUAGAUGGGAGGGACUAUUUACAAUGUUGAGUUGGCCUAGUGGUAAAGGGGUUGCGGCUGUAACUUCCGCCACUUGGGUUCAACUCACGGUGGGAGGGACUAUUUACAAUGUUUGGGUUCCCGGCAAAGAGGUGAAAACACCUUUUUUUUUUUUUAGGUAAUUUUUACUUUAUUAAAAAUUGUGCAACCAAUUAUAUUUAAUAAUCUAUUUUGUAAGUGGUUGAAUAUCAUUAGUUUAUAGUUUUCAGUUGUUUUCUAGGCAGAAGUUAAUUUUUCUUAAUAUGCAUGUUUUUAACUAAACAUCAUAUAUUUAAGAAAGUAUUUACAAAAUUACAACUUAAUCAAUUAUGAUGGUUUUUUUUUGUCAACAGUUAUGAUGUUGAUUAUGGUGGUAGUGGUGAUGAUGACAAAUUACAAUAUUAUGUUAAUUUAAUCUAAUCUCACUAACAUUUUUACCAAAAAAAAAAAAAAAAAAUCUAAUCUCACUCAAUAAAUUAACUAGUUGAAUUUACAAUAAUAGUAGUUAGUUGAGGCUAUCUAUUGAUUCUUGAUAGAUACAUACAUAAUUUCACACACACACAUAUAUAUAUGUAUAUAAUUUUUUUGGAACACUAUUUCACAUAUAUAUAAUAUAGGGAUAUAGGAUUACUCUUUUUCUGUCGUGAACCCUAAAAAUUCUGGAUAUCUUCAUGGCAUCCAAAUUGCAUAUAACCCAAUAUCAAAAGAAAGUGCAUUUUAUUUUGAGAUGUGAAUACUAUUUCUUUGUCUCACAUGUAUGAGAUUAGUAUAUAAAUUAUCGAUAUAGUAAUGUAUAAAAUGGACUGUGGAAUAUUUUUUCAAAACCAUUUGAUUAGGGAGCGACAGUGCGUGUUCAAGAAUCCAAUACUAUUGAAGCGAGUGGUUUUCUAAGAUUCUCACGUGACUGCGAUAAUUUAUUGUAGAUCUUCCUUUUAAAAGAAUAGCAUAUUGAAUAUAUAUCCAUUUCGGAACUUAUUUUUUUUGCUAAAUGGUAAAUAUCAUUGAUGACAAUGAAAGUCUGGUUACAACGUAAUUGAAAACCACAUUCUGCUAAUAGCCAAUUUGAUCCUAGUGACCGCAAAAAAAUUAAAAAACCACUAGGAUACAGAGUGAUUAAUUCUAAGCCUCUAACAAAUAUCAUUAAUCCAUUUCGGAACUUAUAUCAUUAACGUUCUAUAUUUUAAAUUUUAAUACAUAAUUAUAUAGUUAUGUAAGAAUUUUAAUCGAGUCAGGUGAACUGAUUAGUUAUAGAAAUAUACCUUUGAAAAAUUUACCUUAAAAGAACAAAAUUAGUAAGUUAAUACACACAAACAUUUUUGUUUUCAAAUAAAUGAAAAUGGGUUAGCAGAAUGAUUAGUUAGUUAAUAAUAGACCGAGGAUACUUGCUCAUUAAUUUUUAAUUAUUUCGACGAAAUAACUUACAGAAACAUGUGUGCUCCAUGGGUGGCUAUAUAUAUACACAUCUACUUCUCUUCAUUGAUUGUAUCAAGCUAAAGUGUUAAAAAAAAAGUUUCUCUGAAAGAAAGUUAUGGUGAGCUAUAAUUUUCCAUCACAAAUUCAUCUUCUAAUGAUAACGAUAUUAGUUAUCAUCACAACUCUUUUAACUCCGAUCACAACCAACACAUCAUCACUACCGUGGAAUAUCCUUUCCAAUGACAACUUCGCCGGAAAACUCACUACCGCAUCAUCCUCCGUCGAAUCAGCUGCCACUGAUUUCGGCCACAUCACCAAAAUCUUUCCCUCCGCCGUCUUAAACCCUUCCUCCGUCCAAGACAUCACCGAUCUUAUAAAACUUUCUUUCGAUUCUCAAUCCUCUUUUCCUCUAGCCGCUCGUGGCCACGGACACAGCCACCGUGGUCAAGCCGCGGCUAAAGACGGAGUCGUGGUCAACAUGCGGUCAAUGGUAAACAGGGACCGAGGCAUCAAGGUGUCUAGGACCGGUUUAUAUGCUGACGUGGACAGCGCGUGGCUAUGGAUCGAGGUGUUGAAUAAAACGUUGGAGUUAGGGCUGACGCCGGUUUCUUGGACGGAUUAUUUGUAUUUAACGGUCGGUGGAACGUUAUCUAACGGCGGUAUAAGCGGACAAACGUUUCGGUAUGGUCCACAGAUCAGUAAUGUUUUAGAGAUGGAUGUUAUUACUGGAAAAGGAGAGAUUGCAACUUGUUCCAAAGACAUGAACUCAGAUCUUUUCUAUGCCGCGUUAGGAGGUUUAGGUCAAUUCGGAAUUAUAACGAGAGCAAGAAUCAAACUCGAAUUAGCUCCGAAAAAGGCUAAAUGGUUAAGGUUUCUAUACACUGAUUUCUCUGAGUUUACAAGAGAUCAAGAACGAUUGAUAUCAGAAACGAACGGGCCACAUUUCCUGGAAGGUUCUGUUAUGUUAGACCAUGGCCCACCUGAUAACUGGCGGUCCACUUACUAUCCACCGUCCGAGCACAUGAGGAUCGUCUCAAUGGUCAAACAACAUCGUGUCAUCUACUGCCUUGAAGUCGUCAAGUAUUACGACGAAACUUCCCAACACUCAGUCAACGAGACAAUGCAGGAAAUGGAGGAGUUAAGCGACAGUUUAAACUAUGAACGAGGGUUUGUGUACGAGAAAGAUGUGACGUAUAUGGAUUUCUUAAACCGGGUUCGAACCGGAGAGCUAAAACUGAAAUCCAAAGGCAAGUGGGAUGUUCCACAUCCAUGGCUUAAUCUUUUCGUACCAAAAUCUCAGAUUUCAAGAUUCGAGUAUGGCGUUUUUAAGGGUAUUAUCCUUAGAAAUAACAUCACUACCGGUCCCCUUCUUGUUUAUCCCAUGAACCGCAACAAGUGGAAUGAUCGAAUGUCGACCGUUAUACCCGAGGAAGAUGUAUUUUAUGCUGUAGGAUUUUUAAGAUCGGCGAGUUUUGACAAUUGGGAUGAUUAUGAAAAAGAAAACAUGGAAGUAUUAAAGUUUUGUGAGGAUGCUAAUAUGAGGGUCAUACAAUAUCUUCCUUACUAUGCAUCACAAGAAGGAUGGGUUGGCCAUUUUGGUCCGAGGUGGAAUAUUUUUCUCGAAAGAAAAUAUAGAUAUGAUCCUAGAAUGAUAUUGUCCCCUGGACAAAAUAUAUUUCCAUAAAUAAACUUGUGUUAGCUGUGAUAGUUAGAUAUAUUGUUAGUCUAGGAAGUGUCUUUCUUUAGUUAAGUGAUUCAAUGUCCACAUCUGUAGCUUUUUCCACCAGAAUAUGAUUCUACUAAAUCGCGUUUCUCUGCGUUGUAAGACCGUCUAUGGAUCGGGUUUAGCCGAUCUUGAUAGAAAAAAAUAAUAUAUUGUUAGUUGCUCUGACU